AUGUCAGCCACAACAAAGGACAUCCUCUCUCGCGUGAGGAUGAUGAUCCCGCCUCUGCUGUCCAAGUUCCAUAAAGGCCAACUUGGCCGCGUAGCCGUCAUAGGCGGCAGCGAAGACUACACCGGCGCGCCCUACUUCUCUGCGAUGGCUUCAGCAAAGUUGGGGUGUGAUAUGUCGCACGUCAUCUGCACCCCAACAGCCGCCCAAGUAAUAAAAUCUUACUCCCCCAACCUCAUGGUCCAUCCCUACAUGCGCUCUUCCCCUUCCCCAUCAUCCCCUUCCCUCACUACCGACGCCUCAACCGAACCUCACUCCCUCGCCUCCCGCAUCAUAGCCAUGCUCUCCCGCUUACACGUCCUCGUCAUCGGCCCCGGCUUGGGCCGCGACCCCCUCAUGCAUGAUACCUGCGCACUUGUUAUUACGGCCGCCCGGGAGAGGGGAAUGCCGAUAGUCUUGGACGCGGAUGCGUUGUUGAUAGUGCAGAAUAAGCCAGAGUUAGUAAGGGGGUACAAGUUAGCCGUGCUAACACCCAACGUGGUUGAAUUUGAUCGCGUCACCAAAGCAUUGGGGAUCGAAGACGAUGGUACCUCGGAAACAGGGAGAGUGGAAAAACUCGCCCGUGCCCUUGGCGGCGUAACGGUCUUACAGAAGGGGAAGAAGGACUUUCUAAGUGAUGGGGAGAAGACAAUGGUAGUGGAUUGGGAGGGGGGACGGAAGAGGAGCGGCGGGCAGGGGGACACGUUGACGGGCCUACAAGCCAGCGAUUUGACGGACGAAGUGCACAACGCCUUCAUGAACAUCUUUGGGGAAGUUGAUGUCGACGGCGAUGAGGGUGAUGAGACCGGUGGCGCGGCGAGACUCUGA